AUGGAUGUUUCACCAAGCAAUUUAGAAUUCACUGGAUCAUUUACCAAACAAAUCACUGAAUAUUUAACUUUAUCUAAUCCAACCAAUACUCCAUUGGCUUUUAAAGUUAAAACUACUGCUCCUAAAUUAUAUUGUGUUAGACCAAAUGCUAGUAUUGUUCAACCAGGAGAAUCAUUACAAAUUUCAAUUAUUUUACAAGGAUUUUCUCAACCAUUACCAAAUGAUUAUAAAUGUAAAGAUAAAUUUUUAUUAGUUUCAGUACCAGCACCAAAUUCAAUUGAUCCAACAAAAGUUGGUGAAUCUUGGGGUCAAUUAGAAGCUCAAUUUAAACCUCAAGUUGUUUCUAAAAAAUUGAGAGUUAAUUAUGUUGUUGGUCCAGAUAAACCAGAUGGUGGUGCUGGUAUCAAUCAACAACCACAACAACAACAACAACAACAACAACAACCAGCUCAACAACAAUUUAAUCAACAGCAACCACAACCACAAUUACAACAGCAACAACAACCAAGUCAAUCUAAUAUUGAUGUUGGUACUGGAGCUGGUAUUGCUGCUGGUGCUGGUGCUGGUGCUGGUGCAGGUGCUGGUGGUGUUAUUGCUAGCUCUGGCUAUAAUCAAGCUCAGAAUGUUCCAAACGGUGAUAACUCUUUCAAUCAAACUGCUAACAGAUCAUUUGAUACUUCUUCUGCUCAUAAUGGUUAUAAUAAUCAAUCAUUUGCCAGUACUACAGCUGCUGUUCAUCAACAACAACCACAACAACAACAACAACAUUAUCAACAAUCAAACUAUCAAGCUUCUAGUGGUAAUGGUCAUGGUAAUGGAUAUGGUAAUGUUGGUGGUGGAGCAUCUCAACCAUCUCCAGCUUUGCAACGUGAAUUAGAAGCUUUAGCUAGACAAGUUCAAACAUUAUCUACUAAAUUGGAUCAAAAUGAAAAAGCUGCUGCCUCAAGAAGUCCAGUUUCUUCUUUAGUUGGAGGAUCUGGUGAAGAUGUCAGUGGUAUUUCAUUACCAGUUGCUUUAGUAUUAGUACUCAUUGCUUUCCUUAUUGGUUGGUUAGUAUUUUAA